AUGGCGAAAACGUUGUCGAUUCUUUGUAUAGCCUUUGUCUCCAUCUUUCAUUCAACCAUUGCAGAAAACAUUAAUGGCGGCAUGGAUAUUUAUAUUGUUCAUGUAAGCAAAGCUGUUGCCCAGAAUAGUGCUGAUGAGCCAGAAGAUUUGGAAACCUAUUACCGAUCGUUUCUGCCGGAAACUAACACGGCGGUAAGUCCCGAGGAUUUGCCGAGCAUAGUUUACUCGUAUCGCCAUGUUGCUUCUGGUUUUGCGGCGAAAUUGUCGGUAGAAAUGGUGGAAGAACUGAGCAAGAAAGAUGGGUUUGUCUCGGCCAGGCGUCAGAAGGUUUACAGUUUGCAUACAACUCACACUCCAAACUUCUUGGGGCUGUACCAGAAUUAUGGGUUUUGGCCGGAAUCAAACUUUGGGAAGGGGGUGAUCAUCGGAAUGUUGGACACCGGGAUCACCCCUGAUCAUCCAUCUUUCAAUGAUGAAGGUAUGCCGGCGCCGCCGGCGAAAUGGAAGGGGAAAUGCGAGUUGAAUGGUACUACGUGUAACAGAAAGCUGAUUGGUGCGAGGAAUUUUGUGAGGGAAGAGGCGUCUGAGCCUCCGAUUGAUGCAGAAGGCCAUGGAACUCACACGGCCAGCACGGCGGCCGGAAACUUUGUGAAGGGUGCGGCACUCUAUGAUAACGCGAAGGGCACGGCGGCGGGAAUGGCGCCGCUUGCUCACUUAGCAAUCUACAAGGUAUGCAAUGACGACUGCGACGAAUCCGACAUUCUGGCCGCCAUGGACGCCGCCGUCGAAGACGGCGUCGAUAUCCUCUCCCUCUCCCUCGGAGGAUACUCCUCCGACUUCUACGACGACACCACGGCGUUGGGCGCGUUUUCCGCGAUGCAGAAGGGUAUUUUCGUCAGUUGCUCGGCCGGAAAUUCCGGGCCGGAUAAUACCAGCCUGUCAAAUGAAGCGCCCUGGAUUCUAACCGUCGGCGCUUCUUCCAUUGACAGAACGUUAAGGGCCACGGCCGUGCUGGGAAACGGCCUGGAAUUUGAAGGCCAAUCCGCUUUCCAAAUCCAGGGCUUCCCCUCCACACAAUUGCCAUUAAUAUACCCCGGAUUACAAGACGAAGAUGCCGGAUAUUGCGGAGAAGGAACCUUAAACAACACGAACGUCCGAGGUAAGGUUGUCGUGUGCGACAAAGGCGGCGGCGUCCGCAGAAUCGACAAGGGCGCGACCGUGAAAGCGGCGGGCGGCGCCGCCAUGAUUAUAGUCAACGAGGAAGAAGAUGGAUACACUAUCAUAGCCGACACUCAUGUUCUCCCCGCGACAGAACUGAACUACAUAGACGGGGUCAAAAUUAAAACCUACAUAAAUUCCUCGGAUUCCCCGACCGCAACGGUUGUGUUCAAAGGAACAAAAAUCGGAGAUAAAAACGCUCCCGCCGUGUCAUCUUUCUCAUCCCGAGGACCGAGCUAUGCCAGCCCUGGAAUUCUGAAACCCGACAUUAUCGGCCCCGGAGUAAACAUCCUCGCCGCCUGGCCAUUCUCCGUGGAAAACAUCACAAACACGAAAUCCACAUUCAACAUAAUCUCCGGCACCUCAAUGUCGUGCCCGCACCUUAGCGGCAUCGCCGCUUUGCUGAAAAGCGCGCACCCUGAUUGGUCCCCAGCCGCCAUUAAAUCCGCCCUCAUGACCACGGCCGAUCAGGCGAACUUGGACGGCGGUGACAUUCUUGACGAGAGAUUAAUUCCGGCGGACGUUUUCUCCAUCGGCGCCGGCCAUGUGAAUCCGGCGAGAGCGAAUAAUCCGGGGCUGGUUUACGACAUUCACCCAGACGAUUACAUUCCAUAUUUAUGUGGCCUCAACUAUACAGACAGAGAAAUGGGACAAAUUUUGCAGUAUAAAUUUAAGUGCUCUGAGGUUUCAAGCAUCCCUGAAGCCCAACUCAAUUACCCUUCCUUUUCCAUUAAACUCGGAACGGCUUCUCAGACAUAUACGAGAACAGUUAAGAAUGUUGGAGAGGCGAACUCGAGUUACAGUGUGAGGAUUGAGAAUGUUCCCGGAGUUGAUAUUGUGGUGGAGCCUGAAACAUUGGUGUUUACUGCAACAAACCAAGAGACAACAUAUAAAGUUAGGUUUAGCCUGUCGUCUGGGGAAAUCUAUAAUGUCCCUUUUGUUCAAGGAGCUAUUUCCUGGGUUUCUGCCAACAACGUUGUUAGGAGUCCUGUGGUAGUCAUGUUCGAAUGA